AUGGAAUUGCAGCUGAAAGCUACGGAAGACAAGAAACAUUUCAAACAUAGAAGAAACCCUGAAAGGAAGCACUCUGCAUGGUCUUGCGCAUUUGAUGUGCCUUUGGCUUGUACAGUAUCAUUUCUUGGUGGUGUAGUCCUAGCUACCGGAAUUUACUCCGACAUAUGGUUGUUCUUGCUCGCUUUCACAGUUGCUGGAGCCCAUUUCUUCCUUCUCAAAAGCGUCCAGCCAGGUGCAUCGUCCCCUAUUCACGGUUUCAACUGGCUCGUCGCCUAUAGUCGUCCCGUCUACUUUUGCAUUCUGGCGGUCGUUUUAGUGCUGCAUCAUUUUUGUGAUGACCCAAAUUAUGAUAAAACUCCGUGGAACUGGAAUCCAUACAGGCUGUACGAGACUUCGGGAGAAAUCGUGCUUCUUGCAGUUCGUGAUCUUUUUGCUACAUUUUUGCUUCCGUUUGCCUUCACAAUGGGUUGGCUUUCGCAGGUUAACACACUUAUGCAUCAUGUACUAGAACAGCUUGAGAUGCAUAUAUUCGGAGGGACCGCUUCCCUGGGUAUAGUUUUCGUUCAAUCCUCAACUGUCAAUAAUCUUGCUUCGAGCCGUAUGUCCGUAGUAGGAACUCCUACUAACUCUUAUAGUACUAGCCGGUUAUGCUGCGCUGCGUCUUCCGAACAAGAAGAAGAUGGGAGGGUGAAAGAUCUAGAUGAACUAGAUGUUUCGGAUCCAUUACCUGGACGUUUAAAGAAUGCUGUAGUGCUGCGAGCAAGACAUGACAUGCUGUUUUCGGGUUUCUUAUUCUCAUUAGCCCUUCCGUUCACGCUGACUCGUUUUGAUUGGAAGAACGGAUUACCUUUCGGACCUUCUAAUGAGAUUUCACCAGCUACGGUAUUCGCUCUUCUUCUAUACUUACUCAUCGUGCUCUAUCCUAAAUGGCUUGAGCUGUAUCUCAAAAUGAGUUUUGUAAUGGCAUACGUGGCACCUUGGCAAAUCAGCUGGGGAUCGGCAUUUCACGCUUUUGCUCAGCCAUUUUCCAUACCACACCCUGCUCUAUGGACCUCCUAUCUUGUAUAUCUGCUGAUUCAUGGUUUUGCAGCUUCGCAAAUCCAUGAAGGACCGAUGUUGGAUGAUACCAAUCUGAGUGCGGUGUUUUUCAAGCAUUUGACAAGAAGGCUGCAAAAAAGCUUAGCUGGUGAUUUGCAGAUGGGUAGAUGGGCCACCAGUGUCCAACCGGGUGAUUGCUUCAUUCUAGCAAGCUUUUAUCUCAACUGUCUGGUACAUAUAAUCGCCUGAAUCUCCGAUCAGGCAAUAACCCUCCGGAACAGCUCCUUCUGCGAAUGCAUCAUGUAGACGGCUAUAUCUGUACACGGUAGCAUCAUGAACAGAACCUGGAUAGUUACUGUUUAUGUAGAUGAAUCUACCGCGGGCGUCGACAACGGCUAGGACGUUGAUGGCCCAGAAUCCUUUACGGCAAUAGUAUUCCCACCCUGAGUUGGCCGACCUCAGGAUGGGUACAAGUGUGCCGUCGAUGGCUCCUACGACGUUCGGCAGCCUUCCCAAUCGUGCGAAGCCAUCGGCCUUCCUCCGGCAAUAGCGCUCGUCGUGGAGAUGGCACGGA